CAGGGGCGGUGCUGCUCCCUGUGUGACCCGGAGCCGCGCCGGCCGCGGGGCCCCGGAUGCAGGAGGCCGGGCGGAGCGGGGGACGUCAUUGUUCCCCGACACGGGCAAGCAGGAGCUGGAGGAGGAGGCGGCGAAGGGGACCCGGCAGCGCCAAGCCAGAGAUGAACAAUGACCAUAGUUGACAAAACAUCUGAGUCCUCGAACACGUCUGGCUGUCAGAAGCAGCCUGGCAACUCUCUGGUGCCGGCUUCUGGAGAGAUGGAAUCAGGCUCUGCCGGAUGGAGCGCUGUGUCUUCUCUGGAAGCUCCGAAACGCAAGAUCUCCUUGGGACCAGUGCCAGGAGCUGCCGUUUAUUCCAAUUCAUCUGUUCCAGAUAAAUCCAAACCCUCUGCUCAGAAGGAUCAGUCUCUUGGCGAUGGCAUCACUCCACCGCAGAAGAUCCUCUUUCCAGCAGAGAAGGUGUGCCUGAAAUGGCAAAAAACGCACAAAGUUGGAGCCGGUCUCCAAAACCUUGGCAAUACAUGUUUCGUCAAUUCUGCUCUGCAGUGUCUGACUUACACGCCCCCCCUAGCCAAUUACAUGCUUUCGCUGGAGCACUCAAAAAAUUGUCAUGAGCAAGGAUUCUGUAUGAUGUGCAUCAUGCAAUCUCACAUCAACCUAGCCUUUUCCAACUCUGGCAACACCAUCAAACCGACAUCUGUCAUCAAUGACCUCCGAAGAAUAGCAAAGCAUUUCCGUUUUGGAAGUCAGGAAGAUGCUCAUGAAUUCCUCCGCUAUACUGUUGAUGCUAUGCAGAAAGCAUGUCUCAACGGUAGCAACAAGUUGGAUCGAUAUUCACAAGCCACUACUCUCAUUUAUCAAAUAUUUGGAGGAUACCUGAGAUCUAGAGUAAAAUGCAUGAACUGCAAAGCAGUUUCUGAUACUUUCGAUCCCUACCUGGAUAUUCCAUUGGAGAUAAAGACUGCUCAAAGCGUUAACAAAGCUCUGGAGCUGUUUGUCAAACCAGAACAACUGGAUGAUGAAAACUCAUAUAAAUGUAGCAAGUGUAAAAAGAUGGUUCCUGCCUCAAAAAGAUUGACAAUCCAUCGGGCUUCAAACGUUCUCACCCUGUCCCUAAAACGGUUUGCAAAUUUCAAUGGUGGGAAAAUUGGAAAGGAAGUGAAAUAUUCCGAGCAUUUUGAUGUGCGCCCAUACAUGUCCCAGUCUAGUGGAGACCCAGUUGUUUAUGCGUUAUAUGCAGUCAUGGUGCAUGCUGGCUUCAGUUGUCAUGCAGGACAUUACUAUUGCUACAUCAAGGCCAGCAAUGGGCAGUGGUACCAGAUGAACGAUUCCACGGUCUCAGUCAGUGACAUCCGAUCCGUUCUGAGUCAGCAAGCUUACAUGCUCUUUUAUAUCAGGUCUCACGAUGUGAAGAACAGCAGCGAACAUGCUAAUUCUGCUCAUACCCCAGGGCGGUCUUCUCCCCGGCCAGUUAUCAACCAGCGAGUAAUGAAUAACAAGCAAACAUCGCCAGGUUUUAUUGGACCGCAGCUCCCUCCACACAUGAUGAAGUUGCAGAAUUCAAAUCAUUUGAAUGGAACUGGAUCACUGAAGGAAGCAUCCAGCAGUUCCGUGGCCAGUCCCAGCACUGUGCCCCUCAAAAGGCCAGCUUCUGUUCCAUCAGCAACUUCUGUCCCAAACUGGACGAUCAACAGACCGGCUUCGGCUGGUGCUGUCGAUCCUUCAAAAAAGCAGAAGAUAACCAUCAGCAUUAACAAACUGUCUGCUCACCAAACCGCCUCUCACAACAACUGUCCUGCAGAGAACCUCAAUAAGCCGGUCCCUUCCUCGACUGUUUCUAACCCUUCCGUAGUGCAGUCUACCUCAAGCGCCUCUGCCAUCUUGGCUGCUAACAGAAUCCCCAAGCCGCCGCCUCCCGCUUGUGAGCCUUCUUCCACACCGGUGGUGGUGAAUGGCAAGUCCAAGCUGAACUCGAGCGUCUUGGUCCCGUAUGGGGCUGAGUCUUCAGAAGACUCCGAUGAGGAGCCCAAAGGGCCCGUGAAAGAGAACGGGCUCCCAAAGCCCUUCAGUAGUAUCCCAACAGGAAGCACGGGAAGCGUGGCGGAGAACUCCUGUGCGUCCUGCCACAGUGCCGAGGAGGAAGUGCCGCUGCUGCUGCAUGAGCCACCAAAAAGUGUCGCUGUCAAUGGUGCUGUUAGUUUCAAUGAGGCUUCUAAAGAGAACGGCCUGCCGCCAGGAGAUGCUGCUUGCCAAGCCAAACCUGGGAAAUCUGCAGAAAACCCUUUCUCAAAAGCCAACGGAUUGCACGGGAAAGGACCACCUGCCUCUCUGUCCCCGGUCCCUGAAGAUAUGAUCUUGGACUCCUUCAGAUACAGGCAACUGAAAACAUCACCAGAAGAAACAAGUGCAAGUGGAACAGAGAAAACUGCCAAAGAGGAUGGCUGUUUGGAACCCUUGAGCAGAGUUUCCUGUGACAAGCCCAGCAAUAUCCUCACCAACCUUCUCAGCAGCAUCCAGAAUCUCCCUUCUGACCAUGAACCCGUUUCUACCGAAGACGACUGCUGUGAAAGUGUCGCCGCAGAAAAGCAAAACUCACAUUUCGGUAUCAGCGGGCCGUGUAACCCUCAGUCAAAGUCACUUGGAAGAGAAGCCAAGCUCAGUACAGAAGGUGAUGCAGAGGAUCACUCAGCAAAAAUGAGAGGACCCAAAGAAGGGAAAGCUACUUGGAAAAAGAGUCCUGUACGCAUCAGAGGGACACCUGAGGGAACAGAAAAACUGGCUCAAAGCCCUUUUGGAAAGUCUGACACUGAAUGCCAACCUCUCAAGCUGGUCACUCUGAACAUUGUAGAGAAAAGCCAAGAAAUGCUGAAUGGCGUGAAGCAUGCCACAGAUGGCCCACUUCCUGAAGUUGUUUCUACUUCAAGGCUUGAAGUGGGAGCAGACAGCCGGAGUUCAAAGGAGGAGGAUGGGCUCAGGCUGGGGAAUGAAGAAGGUCUCAGAGGAAACAUAGAAAGGCAGGAGCCAACGUCCCAUUCCCUGAUGAAGGAGAAAGUUGGUGCCUCCAAAAAAACAGACAGAGAGCACUACCACGGCAAGAGAGGCUACUCAGAAAGUGAAGAGUGGGAGGCUGGGCGCAGCCAAAAUGAGAGGCAUUACUACAAGAAGUGUUGCUACAGCAGAGAGCAAAACAAGAGAGAAGGCUCAGAAAGUGAAGAGCAGGAGGCCAGCCACAGCCAGAACUAUAAGAAAAAGUGCUGUUACAGGAGAGAGCAAACUAAGAGAGUCCACUCAGAAAGUGAAGAGUGGGAAGCCAGCCGUAGCCAGAACGAUGGGCGUUACUACAAGAAAAAGUGCUGCUACGGCAGAGAGCAAACUAAGAGGGGACGCUCGGAAAGCGAAGAGUGGGAGGCCAGCCGCAGCCAGAACAACAGGCAUCACUACGAUAAAAAGUGUUGCUACAGCAGAGAACAAAUGAAACAGGAAUACUCAAGAAGAGAGUACUACAAUGGAAACAAGUACCUAUCCCCCUUGAGCCCCGGACCUGGAAGAGGUUUAGGGAAGUCCUCCUGGCCCAGAUCUUGCAGCACAGAGAAAACAGACCCUGAAAGGAGCCAGUAUUGCCCAUGGAGCAAAAAUAGUUAUCAGGAUAUUCGAAGGAGAUGGGAAAAAUACCAACCCGAUAGCUAUUAUUAUUCUUCCCACAUAGUGAAGAGUAGCCAAGAGAGAAAAUUCCACCAUAGCGAGAAGGACAAUAACAAAUCUAGUCACAUUUACAAUAAACUUGAUAAACAUUAUUCUUACAAAAGCAGAUGGACUCACGACCCACCAGAGAAGGACCCACCGGUAAAGGAAGGAGAGAGGAACCACAUCAGCAGUUCGAAAGCAGACAUGUACCGCCGUCCAGUUCCCUCCCAGCGCCCGGAGAAAUAUCCCCACCAGAGAAAUUCGUUGCUGCCCGAAGAAUGCAGUUUGCAUCCAGAGGAAGAGCAUCCAAAGGAGCGAAAAAGGAAACACCCCAGCCCAGAGAGCAGCGGCGACAACCUUGAAAAGAGAUGCCAGAAGAGGAGCUCGCUAAGUGAACAUCUUGAGGAACAGAAGAUCCGGAAGCACAAAAAGUCGAAGAAGAAGAAGAAGUCGAAAGAUAAACACAGAGAGAGAGAUUACAGGCAUCACCAGGACUCCGAUCCCUCUGCAUCGGGCUCUGAGGCAGAGCCCCACAAACACAAGAAGAAGAAAAAGAAGAGGAAGAAGCGUGCAAAGAAAUCUGAAAGCUGCAGUGAACCUCUAGAGCCUCAUGGGCCGAAGCUAACUCAUGCGGAAGGAGACAGUUCGGAGGCAGCUGAAAUUUUGUCAGGGGCUUUUCAGAAACUUGGCAGGCAACCCCAAGAUGGAGGAACUGCAGCCUGCUGGAAAUCAAAGUGCAUAGAAGGUAGCGACGAAGGAGGCUACUGCUUCUCUACAGAUCACCAUGCUGCUGCUACAGAAGCACCUUUCCAUAAAGACCACAGCUGGACAGUCUCUAGAUCUCCGAGCAAUGACUUCCCAUACAAAGAGUGAACAAGAUGAUCAUCUGCUGGAAACAUCUCACCACUACUUGCAGUAUAUUUAUAAAGAAAAAAAACCUCUUCAUUAUCGGUGCUUCAACAAAAUACUGUACAGGAUUUUACCAUCAAGGAACUUUUUUUUUUAGACUUUUUUUUAAAAAAAACAAUUCCCUGCAAUCCAAAAAUUAAAUAAAAAAUGCCAACCUCCCCCCAAAAAACUUUCUACUGCUGGAUCUUAUUUAAAAAAAAAUGAUCUACCUUGUAAAUAUCACAAGUGAAAAUUUAAUGCCCUGGUAUAGAACAUCUCAAAUGCUGCUUAAUUACCGACUCAGGUCGAUUGCGUUGUUCACGUGAUGUUACCCCAAGUGUAUGCAUCUGGCGCAGGAGGCGAGGAAACCAUGGACUUAUCACACUGCAACUGAUAGUCUAUUUAAUUUAAAGACUUAUUUAAAAAAAAAGGAAACAAUUCAUGAACAAUUAGGAUUUUUAUAAGAACUGUUCAUCUGUUUUUAUGUGAUGUCUGGUACUAGAAACUACAUGGUUUUGCUUCCUGCUGGAUUCAAGAUUUGAAGCAAAGGUUCCGGUCUUGGAUUUUGAUGUGUGCCCCAUUCAAACUCGUACCAGCUUUGGAAUGUGUCUCUCUCUCUCCAUGCCCCCAUCUGUGCAUACCUACCCCUUGUUUUUAUUGCAUUUAAUAGUGUCACUGGUUUGAAUGGGUCUCAGUUGUCUUGAUUUUUGUCUUUACGUUUCUAGUUACAGACACAUUCAUACUGUGAUUUAAUUUUGAGUUUUUUUUUAUUAUGAAAUGCUGUCAAACUGUGAUAUACUUAAUUCACUGGUCCCUGCAUCAGGAGACAGAGUGGGGAAACUGUAUUAAAUACAGUUCAUCUGAAUAAUCUGUCUGGUUUAUAUACAAACUGUUGUUCAGAGGUGUCUAAAGUUUGACUUGAGUUUUUUUUAAGAUGAAAAAAGCACUUGCCCCACCUGUAAAUACAUGGCAUGUAAAAUUUAUAUAGUAUAUAAAUACAGCAAGUCUCUGCUCAGU